CAGCGCACAAUAUGUUUAAGUCCGGAAUAAUGCUUUUAGGCGAGCUGUGAAAGGACAGACUAGAACUAUGCGUGUUGUUGUGUGUUUUUUGUGACAAUGUAACAGGUUUUCUUCAAGUAAAAGUGAGGGAUGAAUUUGAGUGUUUUGUUACACGACAGGUGCCUGCAAAGGGAGGGGCCUGAUGACAGAUGGUGUGGUUGACUCUGAACAUCACCACCUAGAGUCUGAGAGACACACGGAGAGACUUGGUCAGAGUUCUAAUGAGCGAUGAGGACGCACUGUGAUGUUUGCGAUUACGGACGUUUCCAUUAUAUGAAAGUUUCCUUUUGUUUUGUUCAUCCAUUCUGACAGAAGCAGUGAGAUUUAAUUCCAUCAGCAGCAAAGACCAGCCUCACUUCCCAAGAUGGAUAAGUUUCGUAUGAUGUUCCAGUUCCUCCAAUCCAACCAGGAGUCUUUUAUGAACGGGAUCUGUGGCAUCAUGGCACUGGCCAGUGCACAAAUGUACUCUGUCUUUGAGUUCAACUGCCCCUGUAUGCCAGAAUACAACUACUCCUAUGGCAUAGGAUUGCUUAUCAUCCCCCCUUUGUGGUUCUUUAUGUUAGGCUUUGUGCUGAACAAUAAUGUGUCAGUGCUUGCCGAGGAAUGGAAAAGACCGACGGGCGACAGGAGGAAGGAUUCUUCAAUCCUCCGCUACAUGUUCUGCUCAGUCACACAGAGAUCCUUGAUAGCACCUGCAGUUUGGGUGUCAGUCACCCUCAUGGACGGGAAGAGUUUCGUCUGUGCCUACAGCAUCAACUUGGACAUAGACACAUUUGGGAAUUACAGUAUUCUUCGGGGCUUGUCCGAGGCGGAGAGGAUGAGAGUGCUGGCAAAGAUUCCCUGCAAAGAACUGUUUGAGCAUCACGAAUUACGAGUUGCAGCAUCGAGAUACAUCAAGUGUAUAUCACAGGCCUGUGGAUGGAUAUUUUUGCUCAUGAUGACCUUCGUGGCCUUCCUGAUCCGAGCCAUUCGACCGUGCUUUACCCAGGCUGCUUUCCUCAAGACCAAGUACUGGUCCCAUUACAUCGACAUUGAGCGCAAGAUGUUCGACGAGACCUGUAAGGAGCACGCCAAGAGCUUUGCCAAGAUUUGCAUCCAGCAGUACUUUGAGGGCAUGAGCGGUGAGAUGCACGGCUUCCACCGCCAACGCAGCUGCGCCAACGACAGCGACGAUGAGGACGAAGACAAGAAGAAAAGUGACGAGGAGAAGCUCCUGGGCAUCAGGGCCCAGGACGACAUGAAUAAAGUGCUGUGGAACUGGCACACCUGUAAGCCCGCGCUGGCUCUGAGAAAGGAUCAAACAGAUAUUGAAAACAAUGGCACAGUAAACGGCGAGGCCAAUGGAACGCUCAAUGGGUUUGCAAACGGACACGCUCACGACGUGAAGAAAAAGGAGUGGGCAGUGUACUACAGUAAGGUGUGAAGAGCUGUGAGAAAUCAUUUGAAAGUUUGGUCGUUCAAACUUUUUUAUUCACUCAGAGUUUCGUGGUUUGAAUUUGUCAAGUGAGGUAGAAAUGUAACAAAGCGGUUUAGUCUGAAUGUAACGCACAGAACUAGUGUGCACGGUAUGAAGAGGAAUUCAGUGCAAUGUAGAGUUUGACUGACGCAUCAUAGAAGUGACAAUGUCGUCAUAUUUUUGAUCUGGUCCUCGGUAUGCAAGUCCAGAACAUUUCAUUUCUGUUGUUGCUGUUCAGAAGAUACACUAAACAUGUUUACCAGCAAUAUUUGUAUUAAUAUAUAAUUUAUAAUUAUCGCAUUAAGUGGAAUAUAUUCACCAUCAAAUUACAUUUACUGUAUAUGAGCUUGUUUGGUGUUUUAAUAACGG